AUGGCUGCCCUUGCCCGCUUGCUGGAGCGUCUCCUCCGACCUACUCGCAAGGAAAAGGAGGGGGAAGAGGAGGAAGAAGAGGAGGGUGAGGCGGGGCGCCGGGCUCUAGCUCGGCCUCAGUCUCUCCUGGCUGCACCGCGAUGCGCCCAGCAGCCACACGGGGGUGCCGCAGCGUCUUGGGGCCUGCGCUUCGGGGCAAGCGCAGCUCAGGGCUGGCGCGCACGCAUGGAGGACGCGCACUGCGCUUGGCUCACUUUACCUGGGUUGCCCCCGGGCUGGGCUUUCUUUGCUGUACUCGACGGCCACGGCGGGGCGCGAGCUGCUCGCUUUGGUGCGCGCCACCUGCCUGGCCACGUGAUCGAGGCGCUGGGCCCCACACCUGGCGAGCCUGAGGGCGUACGCUGGGCGCUGCGCCGAGCUUUCUUGACCGCGGACGAGCGCCUGCGUUCUCUCUGGCCCCGCGGCGAACAGGGCGGCUCCACGGCUGUGGCAUUGCUCGUCUCUCCGCGCUUUCUAUACCUGGCGCACUGCGGUGACUCUCGUGCGGUGCUGAGCCGCGCCGGCGCUGUGGCCUUCAGCACCGAGGACCAUCGACCUUUCCGUCCCCGGGAACGCGAGCGCAUCCACGACGCGGGCGGCACCAUCUGCCGCCGGCGCAUCGAGGGCUCUCUGGCCGUGUCGCGAGCACUAGGCGACUUUGCUUACAAGGAGGCUCCGGGGAGGCCCCCAGAGCAGCAGCUCGUUUCCGCGGAGCCUGAAGUGGCCGCACUGGCACGCCAGGCUGAGGACGAGUUCAUGGUCCUGGCCUCCGACGGAGUGUGGGACGCUAUAUCUGGUGCUGACCUGGCCGGGCUGGUAGCUUCGCGCCUCCGUUUAGGCCUGGCCCCAGAGCUUCUUUGCGCGCAACUGUUGGACACGUGUCUGUGCAAGGGCAGCCUGGACAACAUGACCUGCAUCCUGGUCUGCUUCCCAGGGGCUCCCAGACCUUGUGAGGAGGCCCUCAGGAGAGAGCUGGCGCUGGACACAGCCUUGGGCCACAGAGUUGCUGAGCUGUGUGCCUCUGCUCAGGAGCCCCCCAGCCUAAACAGUGUUUUUAUGACUCUGGCCUCAGAAGACAUCCCCGAUUUACCUCCUGGGGGAGGGCUGUACUGCAAGGCCACCAUCAUCGCUGAAGCUUAUUCUCAGCUCUUCCAGGCCUCAAGAGAGUGCUGGGAGAAAGGGCAAGAUGAGGCUGGGAAGCUCACUGGCACCCAUUCGGACUCUGUCUUGGACUUGGAAGCCUGACAGCUGUUGACCCUUGGGAACCCAACAGUCAACUGGGGCCUCAA